GUUGACUGGUGUGGGUGCGAGGGGAGUUGCGAGGCUUACGUUUGCCCGAAUUCCAGAACGGACAUCUUCUGCGCGCCAAAUAAUUGUCUUGUUGGUUUGUUUUCCGGAAACCGACUCCGCGAACUUCCGCAUGGGUUGGAGCUGCGAAAAACGAGUAGAGGUGUUGGGGUAUUUGCAACACGGUUCUUUUCCAGCCAUACCGUCAUUGGCGAGUACUCCGGUGUGAUGACUACGCACGAUUUCAAUAAGGAUAAGGUGCGAACCAGCGACUACGUUCUGAAGUUGAACAAGCGGUCAAUCAAGGGGAAGAGAGUUUACAUUGACGCCAAAAAUUGUAGAGCUAUAUCUAGAUUCAUGAAUCACGCCUGC